CAUCUCAUCCGCCGCGGCGCUGUCACGAAAUUAUCUCUUCGAACGUUGUUUAUUGUUGUUUUUCUAUCAAUUGUUGUCUAUCGUUGUAUGCAUUUUCUCUAAUUUUUUCUUCGAUACGAACAUAUUGAUCUGUCGCUGAUAGUUAUGUCGCUGGACCAAACAGUAUGCGAAGAUUUAAAAGCUUUCGAAAGACGGCUCACCGAAGUUAUCGCUAGUUUACAACCAGCCACCACGCGAUGGAGAAUGUUAUUGGGCUUGAUCUCUAUAUGUACUGCUGUUGGCGCUUGGCAUUGGCUAACUGAUCCCAACACAUCAGCAGUAUCCUUCACGCAGAGCUUAUAUAAUCAUCCAUUCUUCACAAUGGCUAGUGUAAUAUUAGUGAUAUUAUUUAUGAUGGGUGUACAUAGACGAGUGAUAGCUCCCAGCAUUAUAACUCAGCGGGCAAGAAGUGUGCUUGGCGAUUUUAAUAUGAGCUGUGACGAUACUGGAAAGUUGAUUUUGAAGCCCACAAGACCUCCACAUCCUCAUGAGACUUAAAGUAUUUGUAGCUGUAAUUAAUAUAAAUAUGAAAUGUUGAAUUUUUGUGUGCAAUGAGAUAUAUUGCGACAAAUCAUGAAUGAAAAGUUUAGAGUCCUGUACUUUAAGGCUUAUGAAUUCUAUAUAAAUCAUGUACAAAUGAUCCUUUACAAUGUACAUAAAACUUACGUGCUUGAAUAUGUGUAUAAUAUAUGUGUAUAUGAUAGUGUGUAAGAUAUGUAAUACUUUAAUUAAGUCACACAUCAUUUAUAUAUAUUUUUACAUUAUAUUCUUAAUAUGUUUAAUUUUAUUAAACAUUAACGUAUUAAACAUAUUAAUUUUAUGUCUGUGUAGAUUAUAUGACGAUGCAAUGUACAAAUUGGAGCAUAGUAAAAAUAGAAAGGUGUGAUAAAUUUGAAUAACAA